AUGUACACCAACGUCGACACAUUCGCAGCUCUAAUAGCACGAAAAGAUACGCCACAAGCAUCUCCGCUGCGCAGUUGUGUCGAUUUUGCCUUUGCGACCUUCGAUUCACUGGAGCAUGGUCCUGUUCACGCAGCGGCGGCUUGGUUGAUGAUUGCGGGCAAACAAGUGGUGGCUGCAGGGUCUCCUUUCAGCAAGUACAGUUACAUCUCUGGCAGUCUAUGGGAGGCUGAAGGCGGUACCAAUGCAGUGGAUGUCAAACGACUGCGAUUCUGGAAGGGCCGGUUCCAAAACUUCAGGGAAUCUGGAAGACUUUCGGACCAAAAGGCCGUGGAUGCUACGGUCGAGGCUACGAUAGCUCUAGAUGAACUAAUCGCCGCGCAUAUUUGA